AUGCUUCCUUCCCGCCACAUUAUUCAAGAUGAAGUUAACUCUUGGUACGGCGAGGUUACGAACCUCGAUGCGCGUCUUCCCGGGCUGCGCGAGGCCUUAAAGAACGGCAGGGACGAUAUCAUGCAGGAAGUCGACCGCCUCAGCACUGAGCUCAUCCAGCUUCUUCGUGACGCCCCCCAUGCUGCUCUCAUUCGAGAACGUGCCUUUCACUUGUCUGGCCUGGGCCAAGUUCAACAGCCUGCUACGCACCCGUGGGCCGUGACAGCUCAUCCUCUCAACGUUACGCCCGCUGGCCCGGUCAAUGGCUUCAACCAGCAACCUCCUCCUUCAAGCUCACGUCAUGGUCUUCCUCCCCCCAGCGGCAUGGACGACAUCAGCCCCGACUGCUGGCGGUAUUCUGGCGGAUAA